AUGUCUGCGCCAAGGUAAGAAACUUUGAGCUUCUUUCACUGACACAUCAGCAGAAAAGAAAGUCGAAUGUGAUCAGAUAAGCUGACUUUUGUUCAUGACACUGAUUAAACAUUGUCAUUUUUAGCUCACAUGCACGCACUACGUGAUCUGUAGGAAGAUUUCAGUGUUCGCUUAAAUAAAGAAAGGAAAAAGAAAUGGACACGAAUUAAGUAGGAAAAAAAUAGGGUAUUUACAUUGUUAACAUCACAAUUUUCUACCUUGCAAUAUUACAUAACUAUGAUAAAGUUUGUUCUUUGGAACCAUAAUGAUACAAUGCAUGUUGAUAUCGUGUGUAAACCUCCUCUGGUGACAUCUGCUGGCCAUGGCAUGUAACUUCAACAACAAACUGAAAUUUUAGGCCCUGAAAUGGCCAGUACCUGGUUUUCAUUAUUAGGAAGAAGUUCAAAUGCAAAGAAAGGAAAAAAACUUCAUUUCAACACUUGAUCUUUAAGGUUAUGCCAUCUGUUUUUCUGUAUAGAAAGGAGCUCCGGGGGGCCUUGUGCCGCUACACCAUUGACACCCUCAUCUACAUCGACACAGUGAGGAAAUUCUGCCAGAGUAUCUCUAAAUGGGUGCUGGGCAGAGAGUCAGAGCUGAAAAGGCUAAGGGAUAUCAAAGAAAGGGCUGACAGGAUCAAUCUAGGCAUUGGCCAUGUUACCAAGUCAGAGAGCAAAGGAAAAGCCUUUGUGGAGUAUAUGAAGAGCACCAACAGCACACGUGAGGAGCUGGAGAAUGAGCUGACUGCUGUGCUGAAAGACACUUUGUUAGAGCUGAAGAAGCUCCACUGUUUCUUGGAUGCAGUGGAGAGGCUGGCAGUCACCUCACUUAGUGUGUUCUCAGAGGAGGGGAAGGUGGUGUUUCACCUGCCAAAAGGGGUCGGCCCUGAUGAUAUUCAGGUUGCAAUCGCUGCUGCACGACAGACCUGCCCUCUGCUUCUGAAGUUUAAAAGAGAUGCAGCUGUCUUCUUCUUUCCCAAACUGCAGAAUGUGGAAGUUCUGGCAAAUCAGCUGGAAAGAUACAUCCAGACCACCCAAAGGAUCUGUGGGAUGAUGGAGAAAAGGUAAAGUGGCAUUCCUUUACAGUAGUGUGCACAUUUUGUUCAACAGAAGCCCAUUGAAGUUAUUAAAUGUGUCUGUGUCUCAACAGCACUGUCAGUGACUUUGACCUGAAGAUGACUAAGAAGACUGAGGUGGACCUGAGUGUGGAUCUGUCUGAAGAUGAGGUGCAGAGGAUGCUUGAUCACAUCAAGCAGCUGGAUGACAUCAGGUUAACAUUAUACUUUGAGGAUUUUUAUAGACUCUGUGCAAGAUUGUACCAUUUCCUAUAUUGUAAUUGUGAUCUAAUGAAAUAUUUCAAAGAUAUUUAUUUACAUAAUGCAAAAUAACUGACAUACAGGCUCAGCUCAAGAAUAAAAUAUCUCAAAGGACCGUUUAGAAAAAAGGAUCAAUGAUACAGAAAUGUCAACCGUAGGAAACUGUUCAUUUCUUCUCUCUGUACACGGUCGGGGCUCCGUCUGCAUGAAUCACUGCAUCACUGUGGCGUGGUGUGGAGAUGAUCAGUCUGUGGCUCUGCUGGAGUGUUAUUUAAGCUCAGGUUGCUUUCAUAGUAGCCAUCAGCACAUUUUACAUUUUUGACUGAUGGGGACAUUAAUUGUAACUUAUCUCUAACCUACUUUUGUUAUUUACUCUUCUCUCUUUAUCAGGAUGAACCAACACUUCCGGCUGGUCUAUCUUUUUCUUGACAAAUUCUGCUCUAGCUUCCUGGAUGAGUUCAACAAACGGCGACCUCAGAUGCUGCAGUUUCUUGAUGAGCUGGAGGAAUCUGCUGUUCAGCUCGAUCGUAUGAAUAAGGGUGCAAAGAUCUCCAGUGUAGUGGGCAGCUCAGUCGGGGCUGUUGGUGGCGUGCUCUCCAUCAUUGGUUUGGCCUUGAUUCCUGUUACAGCUGGCGUAUCUCUGGGUCUUAACAUGGCUGGGUUAGGGCUCGGCAUCACUAGUGGGGUCAAUAGUAUGGUCACUACGACAACAGAGAUCGAAGUAAACCAAACACAACGAGAAAGAGCUGAUGGGGUCUUCAAGAGGUUCAUGGAGGACGUGCAGAGUAUCCAGAAUUGUCUGGACGAGGCCAGCUCUCAAACAGUCCCCGACCUAGAAGCACUUCCUUUAGGAGCAGUUUUCAAUGUGCUCCGUAAAAAAUGAGGAGGUGAUUGUACGUGCUGGUAAGGUGGUGGCUCAGGAAGGUAAAGCUUUACGCAACGUCCCCAGGGUGGCUGCAGACAUCCCAGAUCUGGGACAGGCAGCAGUGAAGGGACCCCUUGCCCUCUCUAAAUCAUCCAGGGCAGGUUUCAUUGUGCUCAAUGCCCUUUUUCUUGGCAUGGAUGUGUUCUUCAUCUGCAAAGACAGCAUCAGUCUGUCUAAAGGCAGUGAGACAGAGGUGUCUCAGAUCAUCAGGGCCAGAGCGGCACUGUGGCGCUCAGAGAUUGACGCAUGGGGGAACAUCUGUGAUUCCCUGUGUGAAGGUUUGCAGAUGUCAGAGAAAAACAAAGCCCUCCUGGACAUGCCUUUUAUCCAGAGCUAG